AUGCCUCUCAAACUACUUUGUCUCCAUGGUUGGGGCACCAAUACCAAGAUCUUGCAGUCCCAGCUAAAUGGCCUAAUGACCGAUCUUCAUCAUGAUAAUACGGCGACAUUCCAUUUCGUUGAGGGCGACGUGGAUUCGGUUCCAGGCCCGGGGAUCUCGGGCUUCUACGACGGUCCUUACUACAGUUAUUAUAGGUUUCCCCGGUCCAUUUCCGACAGUGGUACCGACGGGGAAUCUUUACUGAGUGCGUACGACCGUCUUCAGGACGUUGUAGAUGAAGAAGGUCCUUUCGAUGGGGUCCUGGGCUUCUCCCAUGGGGGCACCUUGGCAGCUGGAUUCUUGGUCCACCGUGCAAAAUUGUACCCGCAGGAGCUACCUUUGUUUCGCUGCGCUAUCUUCAUCAACUCCCUUCCGCCAUUCCGGAUGGAUCCAGGCGGAGAUCCUGUGGUUGAUCCAGAUCUGGAGGGAUACAUCAACAUCCCAACCGUGAGUAUAGGCGGGGCUGAGGAUCCACUGCUUGAGUACUCACUUGCCCUGUAUCGGCUGUGCAAUCCAUCCAUAUCAACCUGGGUGGUGCACAGCAAAGGCCACGAUAUCCCGGCAGAUACAAAGAAUGUUUCUGUCAUCGCUGCAGCAAUCAGGAAGUUGGCAGUUCAAGCGUUGGCAGUUUGGUGA